AGCUGACUAUUGGAAAAGAAUGCUCAGUUGCUGAAUCUGUAUUUUGCAUUAAAAAAGCUGAUGAUGUUUUGCUAUUAUGUCCUUCUUCUUUUGCAGCUCUUUUCUGUUGGCUUAUCUUCAGCUCAAGAUCAAAUUGAGUGCUACAAUGUGAAUACCACUACAAACAAAAUGGUCGAUAACUUUGGAAGAGAGAGAUACUUUCAUGGGAUCAAUGUCGUUGUGAAAGGACCACCCUGGAUCCCAAACACUCAGAAAUUUAGUAGUGACUGGUCAUUUACUGAUGAAGACAUGAAACUUUUGAAUGAACUUGGUGUUAACGUAGUAAGGCUUGGAAUGAUGUGGCCAGGAGCUGAGCCUGUCAAAGACCAGUUCAAUGAAACAUAUUUCAGCAUUGCCAAAGAUAUAGUUAACAAGGCUGCUAAUUACAGCAUUAACAUAUUGCUUGACAUGCAUCAAGAUGUACUGUCAGCAAGAUUUUGUGGAGAAGGAGUUCCAGAUUGGAUCAUUGAUCCAGAAGUUGCUAAGAAUUUCCCAGAACCAUUAUCUCGUCCAUACAUAGUUGAUAAUGCAACAGGCCAUCCAACGUCAGAGGAUUGUGCUAAGCAUGCUUGGGCUGAGUAUUAUCCAACUGAAGCAACUAGUGCAAUGUUCCAGCAGAUUUAUGACAACAAAAAUGGUCUUUUGGAUGAGCUGAAAGAAUUUUGGGUCAAAGUUGCCACUGAAUUCCAAAAUUUUUCAAAUGUUGUUGGCUAUGAACUUAUCAACGAGCCAUGGGCUGGAGAUAUCUAUCGUGACCCGUUACUAGCCUGGCCUCAAGUUGCAGAUAAAAAGAACUUAGCUCAUGUUUAUGACACUCUGAGUACUGCAAUAUGGAAUGUUGACCCUUGUCAUAAUGUCUUUUUUGAAUCAGUCACGUGGGAUGAAUGGACAGUUGGAUUUGAGGCUGUCCCUGGUGGCAAGGGAAAUGAGCACAGGAGUGUACUCUCAUAUCACUUUUACAUUCCACCUGAUAUUGAGGCAUCCGUAUCAUUUGAUUAUCGGAUGAAGGACCUAAAAAGACUCCAGUGUGGUGGUUUCUUGACUGAGUUCUCUAUAACAAGCUCUAAUCCAUCAAAUGUAAUGGAUGAAGCCAACAAGCACUUACAAUCAUGGAUGGCUUGGGACUUCAAACCUUAUUAUGAUAUUACAGGUGAUUCUGGAUCAAUCUGGUUCAGUAAUGGUUCAAUCAAUGCCAAUGUAACUGCUUUAAUAAGCCGGACUUAUGCACAAGCAGUUGCAGGAAAAACUAUUAGCAUGAAAUAUGAUUCAAAAACAAGCACAUUUGUACUGAGUUAUGUAGUGACAGAAAGUUGUACCUCAACAAUAACUGAAAUAUAUUUAAAUGAAGCUCAGCACUAUCCUGGAGGAUUUGAGGUCACAAUUUCGCCAUCAGAUGCAGCUACUUGGAAUAAAGAGGAUACAAAUUAUAUUACAGUCACUCACAAGUCUGUACCUGCUGGAAUGAUAAUUCAAGUUACUGUGGCUAGAAAGUGAUAAUGUGACAUAUGCUAAUUUCUUGCUUUUAUAGUCUUAUCUUAUACGGUUAUUGUGUUCAGCUGUAUGCAUUGAAUUGGUUAUAUUUUUAAUUUAA